GUCCCAUCCCCAUAGCUCUACUGUGGAGGAGUUCUGCGUCAUCACCAAUCCGCCAAUCGGCGCUCACGUCGAGAGUGACGCGGAAUGGAAACGUUCCAGCGCACCUGCCGGCGGCGUAGAGGACAGAUGCUAAUGAAGUGAAACCAGCAGCUCCACCAUCAGGUAACAGACUGGAGGAUAUGUCACUAUUCCAGCUGUAGCAUCCGGACAGAGUCAGGAUGCAGAUCCUGGUUGUCAAGCUGCUUGGUCUGCUGGGACUGUUUGGUCUCAUGCUGGCUGGCAUACUUGUCCCAGUGCGCCUCCUGCUGGUCGACUAUGAAAAAGCCAACAGGUACAGACGAGGGCUGGCUCUGUGCAACUCAUUUGGAGGAGGUGUGUUCCUUGCAACAUGCUUUAAUGCCCUGCUGCCAGCCGUCAGAGACAAGGUGGACGGCGUCUUCCAGCAGCUGCAGAUCAUCAGUGAUUAUCCACUGGCUGAAACCAUGAUGAUGGUGGGGUUCUUCAUCACGGUGUUCGUGGAGCAGGCCAUUCUGACCUUCAGGAAGGAGAAACCGUCCUUCAUCGACUUGGAGACCUUCAACGCCGUUGGCUCCGAGGCUGGCAGUGACUCCGAGUACGACGCGCCCUUCAUCCCUUCGGCGCGGGGCUCGGCAGGCAGAGACGGACGUAGGGACAGGGGACACCACCAUGCACACUUCGCACCUGGCGAGCUGGCGGGGGCAGGGCCUCUGAGGCUGGCUGGUCUGGUUCUGGCCCUGUCCGCACACUCUGUGUUCGAGGGGCUGGCUCUCGGACUGCAGGAGGAUGCCGCUAAGCUGGGCAGCCUGUUCUUGGGUGUGGCCAUCCAUGAGACGCUGGCUGCCGUCGCCCUGGGUGUCAGCGUGGCCAAGGCAUCGCUCAGCAUGAAGGACGCCGCCAAGCUGGCCGUUACAGUCAGCCUGAUGAUCCCGCUUGGGAUCGUGGUGGGGAUGGGCAUUGAGUCGGCCCAGACGCUGGCGGGUAGCCUGGCAUCGGUGCUGCUGCAGGGAAUCGCUGCUGGAACCUUCCUGUUUGUCACCUUCUUCGAGAUCCUGUCUCCAGAGCUGGAGGACAAAAGGGACCGGCUCCUCAAAGUCCUCUUCCUCAUCCUGGGCUACGCAGCGCUGGCUGUCCUCGUCUUUAUCAAGUGGUGACAGACAGAAAAUGGGCGAAGUCUCUCCUCUGUUGUAGAUCACUUUAAUGCCACGUCACUCCCUGUUUUUGCUCCGCCCCCUUUAGGUUGAAAGCAGGUACUACAAUCUAAAAAGGAAGUGUAUAAAUCUUUUGAUGUUUGGAGCUUUAAUCGAGUCAUAUCGUUCUAAUUUACCAAUAACAUCCUCUAAAGUCCUCUUUAUGUUCACGUUUGAUCCUUUUUUUGGGAAAAAAAUUUUUAUUUAGACCCUUUUAUCUUGAGAGGGUACCUACAAGAAUUUGCUGAUGGAUGUGCUUGUUCAUGUUAAUGUAGCAGUUAGCCAUGGUUUGUUUACCAUCUUCUGCUCUCUGACACAACAGGUAGAAAGAUACAUUUAUUGUUUGGAUGCAGGGAAGUCCCUGAUUGGUGAAAUAGAGACUGGAGAAGGGAUAACAAGGCGAGCUAAUGUUAGCAUGGUGAUAGCCAGGUGAGCUAAUGUUAGAAUGGUAAUUAGCAAACAGAGCUAAUUGUAGCGUGGUGAUAGCUAGGCGAGCUAAUGUUAGCAUGUUGAUAUUAAGAUGAGCUAAUGUUAGCACAAUGAUAGCAAGCUGAGCUAAUGGUAGCGUGGUGAUAGUAAGGUGAGCUAAUUUUAGCACGUUGAUAGCAAGGUGAGCUAAUGUUAGCCUGUUGAUAAGCAAGGCAGGCUAAUUUUAACAUGGUGAUAGCAAGGCUGGCUAAUGUUAGCGUGUUGAUACCAAGGUGAGCUAAUGUUAGCACGAUGAUAGCAAGCUGAGCUAAUGGUAGCGUGGUGAUAGCAAGGUGGGCUAAUGUUAGCAUAGUGAUAUCAAGGCUGGCUAAUAUUAGCAUGGUGAUAGCAAGGUGGGCUAGUGUUACCAUGUUGAUAGCAAGGUGAGUUAAUUUUAGCAUGUUGAUAGCAAGGUGAGUUAAUUUUAGCAUGUUGAUAGCAAGGUGAGCUAAUGUUAGCAUAGUGGUAGCAAGGAGGGCUAAUGUUAGCAUGGUGAUAUGAAGGUGAGCUAAUAUUGGCGUGGUGAUAGCAAGGUGGAAUAAUGUUAGCUUGUUGAUAGCAGGACAGGCUAAUAAUAGCAUGGUAAUAGACAACAACACAUAAAUUCAACAGGAAAACAUUUGAUAACUCCUGACAAUAAUAAGCGAAUAGAUGGUUCUGUUUGUUAUCAGUGUUAAGAUACUAGAGCAGAGAAGAUAAACAAAACAUCUAAUAGUAGAUUCUGGUCCCUGAAACUUGAAGUAAAGGAUCCAAAGUGUGUCUUUAGCUGGUCACUUUGAAUUCGAUCGACACAACAAACGAAACACAUCUAUAAAUGUACAUAUCUCUGUGAGACCUGGUAUUUCCAGGGACCCGUACCACAAGUCAUGCCCAACAUAGUGGGAUUACUUCCAGCCUAUCCAAUUUAACCAAUCCACAAUAAUUGCAAUCAGGAUCAGCAGUACCACGAAGCUGGUUAUCAAAUCGCUAACUCAGUUACAGAUUGAACUGAUCAUGAGCAAGUAUAAAGCAUGCGGUUCAAGAUAGCAGAUCAAGCACAAUCAUGAGCACAGAAGAGACAAAGCAAUACGGCUUCUUCGAGAAACAAAAACACAUCUUACAGAUAUAAGAAAAAAAGAAACAAGCCUCAAUGAAAAGUCAAACUGGGUUUUGACACGAAAGACGGCAAAUAUCAUGGUAAAGGAUUGCUGACUGCAUAGAUGAUCAAGAUACACAUCAGUGUAAUUUACCACAGCCUGCAUCCCAAUCAUUGUACUCUAUGUUAAUCGCAUUCCCCCCUGG